AACACCACAUAAAUAAACUACUUGACUGUUAACAGUAAAAGUACUUCAGCUACUCCGGAUUCUGCUCCUUUCACUACGGAAACUACUUCAUCUGCUGCAGAAAGUACUCCUGCUACUGCUACAACCACAGGAUUACAACAGUCCACCAGAAACUCCUCAGAGGUCCAACCAAUCCAAACUCAACCAGAGGCACAAGAACCUGGCACCUCAAGCUGCACCAGAACCAGAAAACCAGGCCAAAACCAGUACUGGACCAGUUAAGCCAGGAGAAGUCUAGACAGGACCAAACCAGGCCAAGACAGACCUGAAGAGACCAGUAGAAAUCAGAAAAGGCCCUUGGAAAAGUUUGAUGGGACUGCUGACGAUAGCCACAUGCCUCUGAGUCCGGCUGCUGACACCAAACAUGAUCGCCCGCGGCAACAGGCGGUUACUAACGGCAACCCGACAGGCUCUGCUGUUGCCAGGGACGACGACGCAGAUGACACGCCCCCUGGAAACAGCAUUGUCGUCCGCAUUGGCAUCCCGGACCUGCAGCAGACGAAGUGUUUGCGGUUGGACCCAGAGUUACCAGUUUGGACCAGUAAGCAGAGGGUUCUGGUGACGUUGACUCAGUCUCUGUCGGAUGUUUUGAACUAUGGUCUCUUCCAGCCGGCGUUCAACGGCCGAGCCGGAAAGUUUCUGGACGAGGAGCGGCUGCUGAAGGAGUAUCCUCUCCCCCCCAUCACACCCAUCCCGUACCUGGAGUUUCGUUAUAAGAGGAGAGUUUACACACAGAGCUACGUGGACGAUAAACAGCUGGCCAAGUUACACACCAAGGCCAAUCUGAAGCGUUUCAUGGAAUAUGUUCAUCAGAAGAACGUGGAGAAAGUCUCCAAAUGGCUGGAGAAAGGCCUGGACCCCAACUUCCAUGACUCUGAGAGCGGGGAGUGUCCUCUGACUCUGGCGGUGCAGUUGGAGGAGAGCUGCGAGCUGAUUAAAGUUCUCCGCAGUGGAGGAGCUCACCUGGACUUCAGGACCAGAGACGGUAUCACCGCUCUGCAUCGAGCCAUCCUCUGCAGGAACAGCGCUGCUCUCACUACCCUGCUGGACCUCGGAGCGUCUCCUGACUACAAGGACAGCAGAGGUCUCACUCCACUCUAUCACUCUGCCAUGGUGGGUGGCGCCCCCUACUGCUGUGAGCUGCUGCUGCAGGACCACGCAACCAUUGGGAUGACUGAUGAGAACGGAUGGCAGGAAAUUCACCAGGCAUGUCGCUAUGGUAACGUGCAGCACUUGGAGCACCUGCUGUUCUACGGCGCUGACAUGAGUUCCCAGAAUGCUUCGGGAAACACCGCACUGCACCUCUGUGCGCUCUACAACCAGGACAGCUGUGCCAGAGUGCUGCUGUUCAGAGGAGCUAACAAGGACAUCAAGAACUACAACAACCAGACCGCCUUCCAGGUGGCGAUCAUUGCUGGGAACUUUGAUCUUGCAGAAAUCAUUAAGCUCCAUAAAACCUCUGAUGUUGUAGUUCCCUUCAGAGAAACUCCCUCCUACACCAAGCGCCGCCGAGCCGGCUUGACCAGGACGACGGCUGGAAACGGUCUGUCAUCUCCACGCUCUCUGAUUCGCUCAGCCAGUGACAACGCUCUGGAAAGCCCCGCCUCCUCCCCAGGCCCCUCCCUCCAAAGCCUGGAGACGCACCACGACACUCACACACACUCGCUACGACGACACACACGCAGACUCAGCCCGAGCGGUGGAGGUCAUGUGGAAACCAGCCCCCCCUCCUCCCCUCCCCUGACCCCCCAGAUGAGAAAGAGGAGGCUGUACAGCGCCGUACCAGGACGCACCUUCAUCGCCACCCGGUCCCACGUCCCCCAGGGGCCCGGCGAGAUCCAGCUGCACCGAGGAGAGAGGGUGAAAGUGCUGUCUAUAGGCGAGGGAGGAUUCUGGGAAGGAAGUGUCAAAGGAAGGACUGGUUGGUUUCCUGCCGACUGUGUGGAAGAAGUCCAGAUGAGACAAUACGACCCCAGACUGGAGACCAGGGAGGACCGCACUAAGAGACUGUUCAGACAUUACACUGUAGGAUCCUAUGACAACUACACCUCCUACAGUGACUACGUGAUCGAGGAGAAAACAGCCGUGCUGCAGAAGAGAGAGAGCGAGGGAUUCGGCUUCGUCCUCAGAGGAGCUAAAGCUGAGACGCCCAUUGAGGAGUUUGCCCCCACCCCGGCGUUUCCCGCUCUUCAGUACCUGGAGUCAGUCGACCAGGGGGGUGUGGCUUGGAGGGCGGGGCUACGGACUGGAGACUUUCUCAUAGAGGUGAACGGUACAGACGUGGUGAAGGUGGGUCACCGGCAGGUCGUCGCUCUGAUCCGUCAGGGAGGAAGUCGUCUGCUGAUGAAAGUCGUGUCUGUUUCCAGAAAAUCAGAAUCCAACCUGCUCAGGAAAAAAGCUCCACCCCCUCCGAAACGAGCCCCCAGCACCUCGCUGACACUCCGAUCCAAGUCCAUGACUGCUGACCUGGAGGAGAUAGAGAAACUGGAUGAGAUGUUGGCCGGCAGCCAGCAGGAAGUCGUCCUGAGGGCCCGUCCAUCAGACGACUUCAGGGCGGCGACGGUCAAACAGCGACCGACCAGCCGACGAAUCACACAGGCUGAGAUUAAUUCCCUGUUUGAGCGUCAGGGUCUGGUGCCCCCCUCAGCCCCAGAGAAGAGCACCAUGCCUUUGCCCAGAGGAAUGUCCAGAACCAAGAGCUUUGGAACACCUGAGGAUGACAGGAUCACGGCUCUGAUCAAUGAGAGUCGGUUUCCACGGAGCUCCUCGCUGACAGACAGCUUCAUCCCUCCCCCUCCUCAGACAGCUCCACCUCCUCCUCCCUCUGCCUCCUCCACCUCCUCGCUCUUCCUCCUCGACUCCGGACCUCCUCCCUCCUUCCUACCACCUCCUCCCCCGGCCAGAGGGGAGGGGCUGACCCGCUCCAGCUUCAAGCCGGGGGCAGAGCCAAGGCUCCAGGAGCUAUCCGAUUCGCCGGCGAGGAGCCACGCCCACGCCGAGCGGCAGAGGAAGGCGAGGUCGAUGAUCAUCCUGCAGGACACGCCACCACCACUUCAGCCUGAUGCGCACGCUGCUGCCACACACACGCUGCACACUGCCACACACACCGCCACACACACGCUUCACACCGCCACACACACCUCCACGCUGUCUCUCCACAGCACCAGCCCCGCCCUCGGCCACUCACCGCUGUCACGCCGCCGGGGUCGACCAAUAGAAAACCCUUAUGCUAACGUGGGACAGCAGGCUCCACCCACCAAACCACAGAGGAGGAAGUCGCCAUUGUUGAAACAACUUCCUGUAGAGGAGCAGGUACUUGGAAUCAAAGAUCACGAUUCGUCCAAAUCAGAUGGAGGCGGGCCCGGCAGCCCCAGCAGGGCGGAGUUGUACCAGCAGCAAGUUCUUUCAGAGCGCGCUCGGGUUCAGGGCCGCCGGUCGUCUCUCUUCCUGUCUGUUGAGGGGGCAGGGUCAGAAAACCAGGCCCCGCCCCUCCUGACUCAGAGCCAUUCGAUGGAUGACCUCGGAGAGCUUCCUCCUCCCGCCCCGGUCCUAUCGCCUUCACCAACACCUCACACCUUCCUCCAUCCACUGACGGGGAAACCUCUAGAUCCCUCCUCUCCACUCGCCCUGGCUCUUGCUGCACGAGAACGAGCGCUCACCGCCCGAACGCCAAGCCCCGAGCCUCGAACUAAACACGCAUCUGCCUCCACUACGCCCAUCCCCACCCCAGCCGCCAGCCCGGAGGGCAGACACAAGCGCACCCCUAUCGCCACACCACAGAGCAGCCCUGAGCCCCGAUCCAAGCGGACCACCCCACAGACAAGCCCAGAGCAGCGAACCAAGCGCACCACUCCUCAAACCAGCCCUGAGCUGAGGCAUAAACGCAUAACCCCGCCCCUGUUCCCCGAUGGACAGGUGGAGCGUCCAGAAACAGAGGGAGGGGUGACAUCACCUGCUGGCCCCUCCCCUGAACGAUGGAGACCCUCUCCCUUGCCACCACUGGCCAAUGAGAGUCACUCUGCUCUGAUUGACAGGCGCAGAAGUCUCACAGUGGGCAGUUCAGAGGAGGAGGGUGGGGCUUACACAGUGACACUCCCACCAGCACUGCUGUCAUCCAGCGAUGAGGAAACCAGGGAAGAGCUGCGCAGAAUUGGUCUGGUGACUCCUCCCCCUGCCUUCGCCACUGUUCCUGCUCCUCCUCCCCCAUCCUCCCUCACUAUACUGCCACGAAGAAGUGGGGAGGGAGGGGGAGGAGAGAGUGGUCCUGAUUCCCUAGGUAGACGAGGAGAGGAGGAGGAAGGAGGUGAUGAAAGGCUCCAUGACAGCUCCUCCUCACCCAGUUCACUCCCUCCCUCCAUCACCUUGGCUUCCCCUCCUGCUCCAUCCUCCCCCUCCUCGCCACCUGCUGCUCACCCAUCACCCUCAUCCGCCUCCACUUCCCCAUCAGGCCUAAAGCCUCGCCUUCGUUCGCCAAUCGGCCGGGGCCGCUCCGCACUUCGGGAUCCGCUGCUGAAGCAAUCAUCAGACAGUGAGCUCCUCCCCUCUGCUGCAUCCUCCUCCUCUCCUUCUUCCCCCCUCUGUUCCUCCCCAACCAGCGGAGGUGGCCGGCAGCCACGCUACCUAUUCCAGAGGAGGUCCAAGCUGUGGGGGGGCGGGGACGAUCGCGGGGAGGAGCGACGGGGCCUCAGCCCAGAUGAAGGAGGAGGGCGUCCGGCAGCACUGGGAGGUCAGGGGUCAGGGUCAGCUGUGGAUUUGACGAGCCGGUCAGCAUCAGCACUGGAGCUGAGCGGCAGGGCCGGGUCGGGACUGGAUCUGGCUAAUCGUCUACAGCUCCUCAACAAGGACAGUCAUUCUCUGGGGGAGGAGCCAAGCCCCCUUGACCCAGGUCGGAGGUCACCAGUAGGAGGUGCAAGAUGUGUGGACAAUGGAGAGAGUAAAUCGUUGUUCUCAAGUCUCGGUGAACUUCACACCAUCUCCCAGAGAGGAUAUGGUGCCAGCUACACAGUCCGACCAGGAAGUCGAUACCCUGUCACCCGUCGGAGCCCCUCCCCCUCUCCCUCCCCCUCUGAUAGAUCAAUAGGGCUCACCUCAUCCCCCGCCCCCUGCUCUGAAAGGCCAGAUCUGAGCUCGGGUCGCGGUCUAACCAUCCUGAAGUCAUCCAGUCUAAGUCUCCCCUCAGAACCAAAGGAGGUUCGGUUUGUGAUGCGAAGCGCCAGCGCACGAACCAGGUCCCGUUCCCCUUCGCCUUCACCCCACGCCUCACCUUGCCCCUCCCCAGUCCUCAGUGGCCCCCUGUUGGCCCUUCGGCCGUGGAGGCAGCGGCCCCUUAACCUGUGGAAUAAAUAUGACGUGGGUGACUGGCUGGAGAGCGUGGGCUUGGCCGAACACCGCCAGCGCUUCCAAGAGCACGAGAUCGAAGGCUCCCAUCUCCCCGCCCUCACCAAGGAGGACUAUGUGGAGCUGGGCGUCACCAGACUGGGACACCGGAUCAACAUCGAGAGAGCACUCAGACAGCUGCUAGAUGGUUCCACUUGACCCCUCACCUCUGACCACUAACCUCUAGACAUCCUGAACUGUGACCUCAUAACCCCUGACCUUUGGUCAGACACUAGGCCAUCUCUUUGACUAGGAUAUCUUAUCAGUGAUUGAAUCUUUAGACAUUUUUACCAACGCGGAGCCCAGCUCUCUGAGUGAUCUUGGUGACAUUUUGGCUCGUCAGCUGUUCGAUCAACUCAGAGUUGUGAUGAGUGGUCGCACUAAGCUCUGUGUCCAGUAUUUAGCUUUAGUAUCGUUCUUUAGUUUGCCGUCUGUUAACAUGUAGUGCCUACUGUUCAUACUGUAAAAACCUUCAAUCAGAUUUGUCAUUUCUCUAUUUAAAGGACAGAAGGAAACCAGGCCGGAGCUGAUACUGAUGCCAUUUUGACGAACAGGACCGAUGAUGUUGGCCGCACUUUUUAAAUCCUGCAGCUACAUCCCAGGUUCUUAUUAGACAAAACUAAUCAAAAGGAAUUUACAGAGACCUAAUAAUUGAUUAAUCGACUAUUCACUUCAGCUCUAGCAUCCACACAGUUUUCUACAAUGUUACACUAACAUACGACAGAUUUAUCCCUGGACACAGAGCUGCCAUUCUCAACAGGUGAAGAUACGUUGAUCAAAAAGCUGAUCUGACAAACUGACUACAAAUAUAACGAGACAGGUUCUUUUCCUUGUGCCAUUCUGCUUCCCCAGAUGAGAUUAGCUGGACAUUUACUAGCAGAGCUGGACAACUAGUAAGCUUACUGAGAGUCUUCACCUUAACGACCGGAGAUUAUAGCCGAGGAUACUUCUCCGCUCCUUUUCAGAAAGAUCUUGUGACUUAGCAUUUUUUCCAAAUAUCACUCAUGAAGAAUUUGUGUUAAUUUUGAGUUCAUAUCUUAAUGCCGAUCAUUUAGAAUUUAUGAAUAACAAGUAAUAAUAAUGUGGUGGUGAUGAUUUACAGAGUUUAUAAUAGUUUGGAAAAUGAUUUUGAGUUCCUUAUGAUUUGACAAUGAGUUGAAUUUCAAGGUUGUUCCGGUGAUGUUUUGGAAUUCAUAAUGAUUUGUCAAUGAGUGUGACUUUGUGCUGAUGUGCUGUGUGUUUCAGGGAGAGCUGCAGCAGAGCUCCAACUGUAAACCUCUCUGGUUUCUAACCUGCUUAUUGAGGGCUUACUGUACAUGGUGCUAUCUGUUUAAAGCCAUUUGUACAGAAAAUACCUUUCUCCUUCCCCUCUUACACUUUCCUCACAGUGAAACUCUUAGGUUAACUCCCUUAACUCUAGUGCGUAAUUUCUAAAUUAAAUGAAUCAAGUAUGGCUGUACCUGCCAUGACCCAGAAACAGGCCAUGAAUGGAGUUUCCUCCCUGCCAUACUGGGGACUUCUCCCCUGCCAUAUGUGGAGUUUCCUCCAGACCAUACAGAACCCAAAACCAUCUAACGUUUAACAACUGAGCUGAAGUACGACUUAAACGAUUAACAGAUUCGGUCAUGCUGAAAUUCGCUCCCCAUUCUUUUCAGUUAAGAAGGCUGUAAAAACACGGUCACAUUACGUUUAAGUUCAACAAAACUUCCCUGCACUCGGCCCCGAAACAGGAAGCAAUGUCACAUAUCUGAUUCAGGUAAUAAAUAAACAUCAAUCAGAGCGAUCACAGUCAGUAAACUGUGAGAGCGACACUGCAUUUUGUAGUCUGGUAGUGUGAUCGUUUAAAUAUACCCGAACACAGUGCAGCAGUGUCUGUUUGCAAGUACAACAACCUGUCAAAUUCAAACAGGUGAACUUAAAAGGAAGUGAAUGGAAGAUGAAGCGUGUUUUCUUAGACGCCUUGGCGACCCCAGUAAAGUCUCGCCAACUGUCCAAAACACAAAUAUAUAUUCUUAUACACUAACUGUUGCAGCUCUAAUGCACUUAGCUCUCACAAACUCUAGUUUACAUCGUACCCUAAUAUCAGAAGAGUGUGAUCUGUUGAGUCCAGUACAGAAGUGGGUCUAGGGUAUGUUUAACCUCACUCAACACAAAGACGAGAAGCAGAGGGAGACGAUAAAAGUAAUACACCUUCCAACAACAAAGCAGUCGGAUUUACCUGCUGUAUCUUGUUCGUUAAGAAGCUAGUCACCGACCCAAGCUCCAAGGACGACAGUAACUGCUGCUAAAACCACAGUGUUUCAUUUUUAUUUUUAUUGUCUUUCUAAACUUGUACAAACAAGCAGAUAGAGCUGGUAAAUAAGAUCUGUGAAGUCGCUGGAAGGUGUAUUUCUUUCACUUUUCUUGGAAUUGGAAUCAGCAGAGUUAAAACGAUGUAUGAAGAACUGUUAGCAUUAACAGCUGAAGCAUGUGCUUGCCAUCACAGCUACAACUUCCUCCAUCCUCAGUAUUUUAACUAAUCAACCCUCGUCCUGAUUCCCCUCUAAAGCACAAUCAACGUUUCAGUGCCUGUUUCCACUAAAAACUAAUCUACCAUGUUUAUCUUUUUUUUUUUUUUCAACUUAAGUACCUGAACACGUGCCAAGCUGCAAUAAAUAUUUUCCAAAGUUGUACAAGUUUACCACAAUGUCCUUUUAUGGGAAAACCUGCCCAUGGCAAACCGCAGAGGUGUAGAAUGUAUAGUCUAUGUACAGCACAUUACAGCAGACUAUAUAGUCUCUAUAAUAUAUAUUAUGGUAGAAUAAUGUAGCUAUAGUGUAAUAUAUAAAGUAUAUUAGAAAAUAAAAUUUAUACAGUAAUAUUUUGGUGGACUCAGUGUUAUAAUCGCACCUUGUUUCCACUGAAACGAUCAGUUAUCACAGGUUUAAUUACAAUGGACACCACAGACUGAGACCACACAUUAAAAUAAAGAGGCUCUGCAUCUAAUUUACAAAUUCAAAACAGUCAAUUCAGUGUUAAGUUACCCUUUUGGGUUCUAUGCUGACUGAUGUCACUAAGAAAUAAUGGACGCCCAACAUGAAUGUUUGAAGGCACCAUCAGAGGUUUGAUUAAGUCCGAAUGAAAACCAGCAGAAAAUCUGAGAAAAAGAUUCAGCCCCAUGUCCUGGCUUUCCAGGAAGAACCUGCAAUUUUGCCUAACUGUUAGCCAAUCCUGCUAUAAUCAUCUUGGUACUUCACAUUUCUUCAGACCAUCUGUGUCCUAUUGGUCUCUCCGGUACUUUCCACUGUAGCUUCACUUCCCCUAUUGGAUUGCGAAGUAAUUAACUUUAUCAAACACACAAAUAUCAUCAACAAAAACAUUAAGUAUUGUUAUCACUGCCAAUCACACAUUUCAUGGUUAUAUACUGAUUAGUUUUCCUUCUUACUCUUAUGCUCAGUGAAUCAUCUUUCUAUUUAUCCUCCAGCUGCUCUUUCUGUUCUUCUCUCGGUGGCGUUCUUCCCUUGGACUUUCUCUUGUAGUCAUCAGAUCAGGUCUUGGUGAUGUGCAGGUGAAAUAAUCGAUGAACGAUUCUGGUUCUCCCUCAAACUCUGGAUCUCUGGCAGUUGUAUGGGCUGGUGACGGCUCUUUUUCCAUGACUGUAGUUUCUUCUCUUGAGAAAUGAUGUGACAUUCUUCCUCUUUGAGACUCAUCUCUCUCGCCUGUUUCCUUUAGGCCUGUUAGGAAACCUUUAGGCCUUCGAGCACAAUGAGCUGUCGCUUUCUCUGCAGCACAACAAUGAAAUCAGGUCGGAUGUGGAUCAGUGAUGACGAGGUCCUGUGACCUCUUAACCUCUGACCUCAGGUCCCUGCUAAAAGUCCCUCUGUAUGCUAACAUACCUGACAUGAGGUCAUUUACCUGUCGUAGGAUUUCUCAGCCAAUCAGAAAUACAACCAGCAAGUGACACGGUGGUGAAAUAAAGUCAGUGGUGUUCCUAAGUGGAGUUAAAGCAAUUUUACAACAUUAGCACAUCCAGGCUGCCGUACCUGGCCCACCUCUGCCUAUAACGUGGAGCUGUGAGGAGAAAUUCUGGCUCCACUGUUUCCGAUCAUUUCACGAUCAAUGUUAAGUCACGAUACAAAGAUUCAAGGUUUGGAUAAACAUGACUCAUCAGUUCAAAAGAUGAACAGCUGUGUCAGAAAACAGAUGAAGUCAUGAAGUUAUCUGGUCUGAACAGGGAACGCAGCUCUAACUGAACCACUCACAACAAGUAACCACUGCACUCACAGAACAUUUCGCACAGAUGAACAUGUUUUCUGAGGAAAGGCACAAACACAGGGAUCGAUCGUAGAAUUUUAAGAGUCAAUAUUGGAUCGAAUAAAAACUGGAAAAUGUCUCCAGCCCCAGUAACGUCUGAAAACCUGGUAAAGCCUUUUUACUCUGCUAAACGUGUUCUCAAUGUCGACCAGUCGUCUUAGUUUAACUUAACCUAAACCAAUGUGAGCUAACGACGUUCUCAGACUCCCCCAUUUAUUACAAAUAAUAAAUAUAAACACGAAGCCUGAGAAUCACAAACCGACAUGGUGACAGGAGAGAACCAGGACAGUCGCGUGAACAGAUGGAAUAAAGAGCCAAAAUGGCUGCCACUGGAAAUCUGAUGAUGUUAUGAACAAAUAUGAGGACCAUGGUAACACCUCAGCUUCCUGCUGAUUGGCUGAGAAUCCUGGCUUUCUAACCUGUGUGUGAAACCUUCCUCCUCCUGAUUAUAAUGGAUUUGUGCCCCCCCCCCCCCCCCCCCUCCCCCCGCCAACCCCCCCUCCUUUCUGGCUUCCUCUUUUUACAGUAUGUUUGUAGUUUCUUCUGGAGUGAGUGGUGUGUGUGUACUUGUAGUUUUUUUCUUCCCUUUUCUAAAAACUAAAGAGCACAUGAUGACAACUGAUGAGCUCUGCAACGCAACAGAUUGUAAUCUUUAUAAUAAA